AUGGCCAGCCUUGAGGACACAGACGAUCUCUACGCCGACCUCUACGGAGCGGCAGAGGGAGGCGUCGGCGACGUCGUCGACCUCGGAGGCGAAGACAAGGACACCGCCAAGGACGAGCAGGAUCUCAUCGGCUACGAAGACGACGACCGCAAGGAUGUCGGUGGCGAUAGCCGCGAUGCUGGCAAGUCGGGCGACGAGGCUGCUGCCGCUCCGAGCACGUCGUCGUUCAUUCCUCCGCCCUCGUCUGCACAGCAGCAGCAGCAACAUGGCGGCGGAAUGCAGAUCAAGGGCAGCUUCAUACCCCCGCCCGAGUCCUCAUCGCAGGCGCAUGGCGAUGUCAGGGAUCUGACGCCCUCGAGCCGCAACGACGCAUCUGCUUCGGCGUACGACGCUGGUGCUGGCGUGUAUGGAGGCCAGCAGGGCGCAGCCGACGCAAAUCGCAACGACAAUCGCGAAUUACCGCCUCACGAGAUGCCAGAAGAGGGUCGUGCGAUCGGCUUCGGCAUUCCUGCCCGCUCUUGGACUAUGGUUCUACAAAGCGGCUCGAUUCACUUGGCAUCGACAGUCAUUGACCUCUUGCACUCUUCCCUGUAUCGCCUUCCCCGUUCUUUUUUUGCCGUUCCACUAAUCGUCACCGCUUUGCAUCGCAUCGUAUCGUAUCGCAACGUCAUCCUAUUUUCGCCAUGA